GGGGGGGGUGUACGCGCUUCGGCGGCUUCUCGCUGAGGUGAACCGGCUCUUGCCGCUCGUUUUUGGCAGCCUGCGGGUCCCUCUCGGCCCCUUUUUUCCGUGGGUGGCUCCGCAGCAUGCCCUGUCCUCGCGUCCUGCGGCUGCUGCGCGGCGGGCUGCCCCGCCUCGGCUGGGAGCUGGCGCGGCCGGCCCGCGGCUCUGCCUCGACGCCCGGGGCUGCAGACUUCAAUAGCUUUGUCACUCGGACCAACACCUGUGGAGAGUUGCGUUCUGCUCAUGUGGGACAAGAGGUCACUCUGUAUGGAUGGAUUCAGUAUCAAAGACAAGGCCUGUUUCUGGUUUUGAGGGAUUUCCAGGGACUCACCCAGAUCAUCCUUCCACAGGAUGAGGCACAUUCCCACGUGAGAAAGCUGUUGUCCAAUGCGCCAGUGGAGUCUGUUGUGCGAGUGACUGGGAUUGUCUCUUCUCGGCCCCCAGGGCAGGAGAAUCCGAAAAUGCCAACUGGGGACAUUGAAGUGAAGGUGGAGACUGCAGAGAUCCUGAACUCCUGCAAGAAGCUGCCUUUUGAAAUCAAGGAUUUCAUCAAGAAAUCAGAGGCCUUACGCAUGCAGUAUCGCUACUUGGACCUGCGCAGCUUCCAGUUACAGUACAACUUGCGGCUGAGAUCCCAGAUAGUGAUGAGGAUGCGGGAGUAUCUGUGUAACCUCCAUGGGUUUGUGGAUGUAGAAACUCCAACGCUCUUUAAGAGAACCCCAGGGGGGGCAAAAGAAUUCCUUGUGCCCUCACGGGAAGCGGGCAAGUUUUACUCUCUGCCUCAGAGUCCUCAGCAAUUCAAGCAGCUCCUCAUGGUUGGAGGCGUGGACAGGUACUUUCAGGUUGCUCGCUGCUACCGAGAUGAAGGCUCACGGCCUGACAGGCAGCCUGAAUUCACUCAGAUAGAUAUAGAGAUGUCAUUUGUGGAUCAGGCUGGGAUCCAGAGGCUGAUAGAGGGCCUCCUGCAAUAUUCCUGGCCUCAGGAAAGAGGCGCCAUUACGACUCCUUUCCCUUCCAUGACCUAUGAGGAGGCACUGGCUGACUAUGGGACUGAUAAACCAGACACCCGUUUUGGGAUGAAGAUAGUGGAUAUCAGCGAUAUUUUACGAAGAUCGGACAUUCAGUUUGUGCAGAAUGCGCUCAGUUACCCGCAUGGCACUGUCAAAGCUAUUUGUAUCCCUCAGGGAGUGAGAUACCUUAAAAAUAAAGAUCUGGAGUCAUUAAAGGAGUCUGCAAAAUCCCAGUUCAACCAGGAGGUCAUGGAUGUUAUCUGCAGGCCUGAUGGAAGCUUGAAGUCUCUGCUUACAAAGCUUCUUGGCAAGGAGCAGCAGUCAGAGCUCACCCGAGCGCUGAACGUGCAGGUGGAUGAUGUGGUACUGCUGGCAGCUGGAGAACACAAGCGAGUGUGCUCUGCAUUAGGAAGCCUACGGUUGGAGAGUGCUAACCUCCUGGAGGCGGCCGGAAUGACACUCCGUGAUCCUACAGCUUUUCACUUCCUGUGGGUGGUAGAUUUCCCACUUUUCCUCCCCAAGGAAGAGAAUCCUGCUGAACUGGAAUCUGCUCAUCACCCCUUCACUGCCCCUCAUCCUGUAGAUACCAACCUCCUCUAUUCUGACCCCACAAAGGUCCGUAGCCAGCACUAUGACCUUGUGCUGAAUGGCAAUGAAAUUGGAGGCGGCUCCAUCAGAAUUCAUAAUGCAGAACAGCAACGUUUUGUGCUGGAGAAAGUGCUGAAGGAGGACUCAGAGGUGCUUUCCCAUCUGCUUGAGGCUCUGGAGUUUGGAGCUCCUCCCCAUGGAGGAAUUGCUUUAGGACUUGACAGGCUGAUCUCUCUCAUCGUUGGUGCUCCAAGUAUCCGAGAUGUCAUCGCUUUUCCGAAGUCAUUCAGGGGACGGGACCUGAUGGGCAACGCUCCAGACUAUGUCACUCCAGAAGAAUUAGAGCCAUAUCACAUCCAGGUUUCCUGGCCUGUUGCAGAAACAGAGGCAAAGAAAAACUGAUUUAUAGCCAGUGAUGUGAGCUGAGCUGUUUAAGUAGAGAUGGUUCCAACUUCUAAUACUAGCAGGCAGCUCAGAAAACAUCAGCUGUUAUGGGAGGGUCAGGGGAAUACAACCCCGCUGUGCCAUGGCAGUUUCAGAAUUGAAUGGGGAAUGGACAUGAGAGUUCUCCUGAUAGGAAUUCACCUUUGGGUUGGUAAUGGGAAGGAGAAGAAGGAAAGUGAAAUUAAAAAAACAUCAUUUCAGCAUAGGAUGUUGAGACUGUUGCCUUUGGGGUGUUAUAUUGAAGGUAGGAUUUCUUUUUCCACUCCCCAGUUUUUACAUGUCCUUUGUAAACUAUUUUUCCUCACAUCUGGAAGAGAUAGUGUACCAGCAUCUCUGGAAGAUGUUCCUGUAUUCCUGAUAAUCACUGAAUCCCUGGUAGCUGAGAACUGUUAUGACAGGGUAGUGCUGUGCUGGACAAAGCUCUGGGUACUUAAUAACGAGACUUCAGUGCAGCCAGCAAUUUGUCUCUUGCUGGAGGAUACAAGAUCAUCCAGAACUUGCCAUAGGGAGUUCAUAUUUGGCAGUGUUUCCUAUUCGAAGACGGGGAGAGGAGCAUGCGUAGCAUUUGCAACAGUUGUCCUCAUAACGCUCAUCGAACAGGAGUUGAUCUGUCUUUGGGGCCUGUGGUCCUGCAGCUUUCAGAACUCUAGUUCUGAAGUUUGUAUCCUUUCUAAAUAAAGUUUAUCUG